CUUUUCUUGGAGGGACGGUGUGUGUGUGUGUGUGUGUGUGUGUUGUACUAAAGUAAUCUCCGACUUGAGGCUGCGACUGGACUCCACCUUCACCCUUCGCCUACCAACCACAACUACACCAAACAAUCGACCAUCACCAGUGGCCACUGCCUUCGCCUUCCCUAAACGGGCAAUCAUUCACUUAACUUCAACUUCAACUUCGACUUCGUCUCCCAUACGUUAACUUACUCGACCACUCGACCGUUUGUCUACUCGACUGCUGCCAUCUACUCAACCCAGCACUUACCAAGCACCUCCUCUUACAUCAGAGGCCGAGCCAUCCCUCCUUCGAAACACCACCACCUGACAACCUGCCUAUCAUGGCCGUCCCACGCGACCCUAACUUCUGGCGUCGUUUCAGCACGGCAGUUCACCAAGAGGAAGCUGCUCAGAUAGAAGCAGCGCAGAGACCUGACCUCAAGCAUUCGUAUGUUUACCCCAGUGAUUCGCCCUGCAACUCCCCAAGCAUUGCGUCUCCCUCAUCCUUCCCGCCCGCAUCACCGGACUCGACAUAUCCCAUUGCACAUUCAAGAUCCCACCAAGACGACGUACCUUCCUCGCCUCCGCCCGCAUAUCUCCCUCGAAAGAGCUCCAAGCGCCUCAUAAAGAAGAACAAAGUCCCCGAAUUCGACAUGAACCUCGUCAAUAACAACAACAAUAACAAUGCCACAACCACCGACGAAGCCGCAACAACAACAAAAACAACACCACUGGACGAGAAACCCAACUCAGUCACCACCGUCGGCCUCGCUCCCAUCGAAAGACAAACCACUGUCGACACUACCUUCUCCGAACCGCCUCCCAAAUCCCACCUUCGCACCCUCUCCGUCGCAUCCCCUCCCCUCUCCCCAGUGACCCCCAAUACCGCCCCCUCCAUAAAGCCUCUCACCAACCGCCCCUAUGCCCCUCGCUUCAACACGUCCCAACUUACACUUGGUUUCUCCGGCCGCCCCAACUCGCGCUUCAACUUCUGGACCCAUGUGUCCGCUAACCCAGCAAACAGAGAGUCGUGGCUCGAGGAGCAGAAGCGCAAGAAGAGCAAGCGGACCUGCAUGUGCUGGUGCUUCUGGUUGGUCUUCCUCGCACUGGUCGGCGGCGCCGUCGCAGCCGUCGUCGUGCUGAGGUCGAAAGGCAUAAUCUGAGCGCGAGCACCUCUCGAUACUUUGGAGGACGAUCGGU